CGAAGAGACACGGGAAGCACACGGCCGGGCUUUCUCCCGCUCUCCCACGGCCCCCGCCUCGACAGCCCGGCCCCCGGCGCCGGGAGAAGCGGGUGCUGCCGUGGCACCCUGGCCGGGGGUCCCGUCGGGAGCGGCUCGGGAGCGGCGGGUCCAUGCCAGGCGGAGCAGGAGCGCUGACGGUGCCUCUUCCCCUCCCCGAGGUGACAUGGAGCAGCUGAAGUGACCCGAGGAGCCCUCGCAGCGGUGCCCAGGAUGGGCUGCGUGCCCUGCAAGGAGAAAAGGGCCAGCAAAGGGCAGGCGGGGGGCGAGGGGGGCUUCCUCCCGCCUGCCCCCUCCCAGUAUGACCCUGACCCCACCCAGCCCGGCUCCAGCUUCACCUGCAUCCCCGACUUCAACAACUUCCAGGGGCCGGCGGUGCCCUUGGCCCCGUCCUUGGCGGGGCAGGGCGCGUUCACCUCCAACACGCUGCAGAUGCGGAGCGGGGGCAUCACAGGCGGUGGGGUGACGCUCUUCAUCGCCCUGUACGACUACGAGGCCCGGACGGAGGAUGACCUGACCUUCCAGAAAGGGGAGAAAUUCCACAUCAUCAACAACACGGAGGGGGACUGGUGGGAGGCCAGGUCGCUGAGCUCGGGCGCCACGGGCUACAUCCCCAGCAACUACGUGGCCCCUGUGGACUCCAUCCAGGCAGAGGAGUGGUACUUCGGGAAGAUCGGGCGCAAGGACGCGGAGCGGCAGCUCCUGUGCCACGGCAACUGCAGGGGCACCUUCCUCAUCCGGGAGAGCGAGACCACCAAAGGGGCCUACUCGCUCUCCAUCCGGGACUGGGACGAGGCCAAGGGAGAGCACGUGAAGCACUAUAAGAUUCGGAAGCUGGACAGCGGGGGGUACUACAUCACCACCCGAGCCCAGUUCGACACCGUCCAGCAGCUGGUCCAGCACUAUAUAGAGCGGGCGGCCGGGCUGUGCUGCCGCCUGGCCAUGCCGUGCCAAAAGGGCACCCCAAAACUGGCCGACCUGUCGGUCAAAACCAAAGACGUGUGGGAGAUCCCCCGGGAGUCCCUCCAGCUCCUCAAGAAGCUGGGGAACGGGCAGUUCGGGGAAGUCUGGAUGGGCACCUGGAACGGCACCACGAAGGUGGCAGUGAAGACGCUGAAGCCGGGCACCAUGUCCCCAGAGGCCUUCCUGGAGGAGGCCCAGAUCAUGAAGCGGCUGCGGCACGACAAGCUGGUGCAGCUCUACGCCGUGGUGUCCGAGGAGCCCAUCUACAUCGUCACCGAGUUCAUGAGCCAGGGCAGCCUGCUGGAUUUCCUGAAGGACGGGGACGGCCGCUACCUGAAGCUGCCCCAGCUGGUGGACAUGGCAGCCCAGAUCGCGGCGGGCAUGGCGUACAUCGAGCGGAUGAACUACAUCCACCGGGACCUGCGCGCCGCCAACAUCCUGGUGGGGGACAACCUGGUGUGCAAGAUCGCUGACUUUGGCCUCGCCCGCCUCAUCGAGGACGAUGAGUACACGGCACGGCAGGGUGCCAAGUUCCCCAUCAAGUGGACGGCCCCGGAGGCCGCGCUUUUUGGCAAGUUCACCAUCAAGUCGGACGUCUGGUCCUUCGGCAUCCUCCUGACCGAGCUGGUGACCAAAGGCAGGGUGCCCUACCCAGGGAUGAACAACAGGGAGGUGCUGGAGCAGGUGGAGCGGGGGUACCGCAUGCAGUGCCCCGGGAACUGCCCCCCAUCCCUGCACGAGGUGAUGGUGCAGUGCUGGAAGCGUGAGCCUGAGGAACGCCCCACCUUCGAGUACCUCCAGUCCUUCCUCGAGGACUAUUUCACUGCCACCGAGCCCCAGUACCAGCCCGGGGACAACCAGUGACCCCCCCCGAGGCUCUGGAGUGGCUUUGGGGUGAAUCUCCCUCUUUUAUUGGGGGGGGGUGUUGCUCCUUUUGGCUGUGCCCCCCAAAAAAACGCCUGUUGAGUGGUGCUCAGGGUGCCCCAGGGAGGACAUGGGGCUUUGCACAAGGAUGUUGGACUCAGAGAGGAGCCCCUCCCUUUCCCCCCUCCCACCUUGUUGCCUUCAUACCCUGCUUUGAACUUGAGAAGGGCUUUGGCUGUGGGGAAGAGUGUGGGGGAGCCCCCUCUGUUCCCCCAGACCCACAGCAGCAGGGGGCCAACCCCAAUCUCCUCUGGUAAUGCACCUGGGGGGGGUUCAGCCCCCAAAAUCCUGGCACUGACCUGGGAAAGGUCACCUCAGUUUCAUCCCCACACCUCGCCCCCACUUAUAUCUUCUUUAAUUUAUGAGAUUUUAUAUCCCUCACUCAAGCAACAAUUGCUCCCCCACCCCAAGGGAUCCUGAUAUCUGGGGGGAUCCACUUGUCCCCCCCCUUUUUUAUCCCCUCUGCUUUAUAGUGGGGCCAACUCCUGAAAGCCAUAAACCUCUGCUUGCACUGGGGGGGGCACUGGGAGUCC